CCCUUCCACCGCCCUCCUCCCUCUUCCCGACUCCAGCUCCACCACCAGCUCGGGCUUCGGCUCACCUAAGAGAGCCCCCUCCCCCAGCUGAGCUACCGGAGGGCGCCUCUCCCGCCCUCCUCCCAGCAGCUCCGCAGCCCCGGGACAGUCCCGCUGCCGGCCUCCCUCAGCUCCGCCCUGCCUGAGCCCCCCAGCCAUGAACCUCUUCCGAUUCCUGGGAGACCUCUCCCACCUCCUAGCCAUCAUCUUGCUACUGCUCAAAAUCUGGAAGUCCCGAUCGUGUGCGGGGAUUUCAGGGAAGAGCCAGGUUCUGUUUGCCGUAGUGUUCACUGCCCGCUACCUGGACCUGUUCACCAACUACAUCUCACUCUACAACACCUGCAUGAAGGUGGUCUACAUAGCUUGUUCCUUUACCACUGUGUGGAUGAUCUACAGCAAGUUCAAAGCUACUUAUGAUGGUAACCAUGACACGUUCCGGGUGGAGUUCCUUGUUGUUCCCACGGCCAUUCUGGCAUUCCUGGUCAAUCAUGAUUUCACCCCUCUGGAGAUCCUCUGGACCUUCUCCAUCUACCUGGAGUCAGUGGCCAUCUUGCCACAGCUGUUUAUGGUGAGCAAGACAGGCGAGGCGGAGACCAUCACCAGCCACUACUUGUUUGCACUUGGUGUCUACCGUACACUCUAUCUCUUCAACUGGAUCUGGCGCUACCACUUCGAAGGCUUCUUCGACCUCAUUGCCAUUGUGGCCGGCCUGGUCCAGACAGUUCUCUACUGCGAUUUCUUCUACCUCUAUAUCACCAAAGUCCUAAAGGGGAAGAAGCUAAGCUUGCCAGCAUAGCCCUGGCCUUACCGGCCUUCUCCGAGGCAGGGCAGGAGGCAGAGGAGGGCUGCCGAAGACCAAGAGCCUUCCCAUCCAGGGAUGACUUUUUAAAGAGCCCACCCCUCCCCGCUCCCCACUCCCUCCUGCUGGGUUUCGGGGGCGGUGGAGGACCCAUAUUUUGGGGAGCUCAGGACCUGAGCUGUUUGUAGCUUUUUGCCUUUUAGAGAAGAAAACAAAUCUUUCCACUAUUUAGUUUUUGAUUCUGAGGACUUUUUCUCUUCUACUUUGGCCCUGAUUUUUAUAAACUGUAUUUCAAGUGUCCUCUGGAUCAGGGCCAGCCAGAGGUCUUCUCCCUUCUCCAAACCCCUCAGCUUCCUCCCAGAUCUCACACAAGCCCCAUGGUUGCCAAACACUAUGUCUGCUGAUGCCUGCCUACCCAGCUUUGACUACACCCUCCCUCCAUCCAGGUUCCUGGAUUUGGGGGUGGUAGGUGGAAAGGUUAAUUAGGAUCUCCCUGAGUUUUCAUAAUUUCCUCUGGAAUUUGUUGGCUUUGGGGGGUGGUGGGUAGUCCUGGUUUUUGACAAAUUAUGGGAAGCUAUGGGCUGGGGCGUGGGAAGGAGGCUGGCCUGAGGAUCACCACGCUCUAACACCACGUUUUUGUACAGAAUUUGAUGGUUGAUUCAUUGUUCUCUUGAAAUAAACAAAGGAAAAUGGUC